UCUGCUUCGCAGCCUUCACAAGAAACGCGUAUGUUGUUAACUUGUUGUUGUUGAUAAGAUAACGCUUUCGUUAAAUUUCACUGGAAUGAUUUUCUCCCUGACGCCGCGGUGUUAUUUUAUCCCGUGCUGACGCUGGAGCGCGGUGAGACUCUCCCGCGGACAAAAGCACGGUGACGCUGAUUGGCGAAUUUGCAGUGUGUGCUGUGCCAGUACGCACCACACGUGUUGUCUACGACUACGAGGAUGGUCCGUUGAGAGGGGAAACGGUGGUGACGAAUAGUUCUGAAUUUUUGUUUGGGAAUUUUCCUGAUUUUUGUGGAUGGCCGUUUGAAUUUUCGUUUGGAGCUUCGGGUGGACAAGAUGUUGGCCUGUUGUCUGAGCGAGGAGGAGCUGGAGCAGAAGCGCAUUAACGCCGAGAUCGAGCGCCAGCUGAAGAAGGAUAAACGCGAUGCACGCCGCGAGCUCAAAUUGUUGCUCUUGGGGACGGGGGAGUCGGGCAAAUCGACGUUCAUCAAGCAGAUGCGCAUCAUCCACGGGACGGGCUACACGGAGGACGACCGGCGGCACUUCAUCAAGCUGGUGUACCAGAACAUCUUCAUGGCCAUGCAGUCCAUGAUCCGCGCCAUGGAGACGCUGCACAUUAAAUUCCGCGACCCCGCCAACAUUGAGAACGCGCGCCUCGUGCGCUCGGUGGACUUUGAGUCGGUCAGCAGCUUCACGGCGCCCUUCGUCGAAGCCAUCCGCAGUCUGUGGGCGGAUGCCGGGGUGCAGGAGGUGUACGAUCGCCGGCGGGAGUACCAGUUGACAGAUUCCGCCAAGUAUUAUCUGUGUGAUUUGGACCGCGUGUCCGACCCCGCCUACAUCCCCACGCAGCAGGACGUGCUGCGCGUCCGCGUCCCCACCACCGGCAUCAUCGAGUACCCCUUCGACCUGGAGUCCAUCGUCUUCCGCAUGGUGGACGUGGGUGGCCAGCGCUCCGAGCGCCGCAAGUGGAUCCACUGCUUCGAGAACGUCACCUCCAUCAUGUUCCUCGUGGCACUCAGCGAGUACGACCAGGUCCUCGUCGAGUCCGACAACGAGAAUCGCAUGGAUGAGUCGAAGGCGCUGUUCAAGACCAUCAUCACGUACCCGUGGUUCCAGAACUCCUCCGUGAUCCUCUUUCUCAACAAGAAGGAUCUGCUGGAGGAGAAGAUCAUGGUCAGCCAUCUGGCCGACUAUUUCCCCGAAUUUGACGGUCCAGCGCGGGAUGCUCAAUCGGCGCGAGAGUUCAUCCUGAAGAUGUUCGUCGAUCUGAAUCCCGAUCCGGAUAAGAUUAUCUAUUCGCAUUUCACCUGCGCCACAGACACGGAGAACAUCCGGUUUGUAUUCGCGGCGGUGAAAGACACCAUUCUGCAGCUGAAUCUCAGAGAGUACAAUCUGGUGUAGAACAGCCUCCUCGCAUCUCUCUCACCCCACGGAGACCGAUGAAUCUCCCAUCCAUUCGAAAUCUGCGUCGUGUAGAAAACAAAAUCCGUCUAUUUGUGGGCUGUACCCCCGACGACCACUGAUGUGAUACGGGAAUAGAAUUCAAAUUCCAUCGCUCCACUUUUAUUUUCUUGUGUGUACGCCUGCGGGAUCCCUCACCGACCGGUGUCUGUGUGACGUCAUGGCGUGGAUGGACCGGGAUGGUGGGGAUGGGCGGGUUCUGCCUUAGAACGUUAAUUUUAUCUCGUGGUCGGUGAUGGGCGUGGGUCUAUGUGCGGAUCGCGGUCGUAUCAGUUUUUUGAUUCAUUUUACAUGGUUUCUUCGGAUCUGGGUUUUGCCCAUUGAAUCUUCUGCUCUCGCUCAUUUGUCUCGCGACGCCUCGCUGGUUUUUAUUCUUGUAGAAAUUUUAUUCUAGUGGUGCAACGGUGUGUUGAUCCGGUGGAGUGAAGUCGGUGAUUGUUGGUCGUUGUACGCUGCAUUUUUUUGGUUACAGGUUUCCUUUUUUUUGUCUCAAUAAAUCUUUCGUAUCGCU